UUUGGGCUGGCCAAGAUGGCGCUGCCUGUAGUCCGAUGCUGCUUGCAGAGAGUUUUUGCUCAGAGUCCUAACCAUAUUUCCUCUAGAAUUGUUCAGUAUUCUGCAGUGGUUCCUUGUUCUAACUUACUUGUUCCCAGUAGAAAGUAUGCUGCAAAAGUUACCUAGAAAUAUAGAAGAGCCUCUCAGGAAAAAAAGAAGGCAUCGGAGCCUAGAAAGGAAGACCGUUAUAAAUUGCCUUUGCCGCUUGAACAGGAUGAUGUCUAUUUGACCUGGUGUUAUCAAAAACAGGUUUAUGACACAGAAGCAGCUUUAGAGCUUUUGAAGAAAUUUCAAACACUGGAUUUUACACCUCACCAGGAAUUGUACGCACACAUCACCUUGGAUAUGGAAUCGGAAAGGAAGAAAACUAUGGGACCAUUCAUUAGUACUUUGUUGCCUUACCGUUUCACAGAUGCCAUCCCCAAGAUUUUACUAUUCACACAGGACCCAAAAGAAGCAGAGCUAGCAACAGAAAACGGAGCCACCAUUGUAGGAGGACCCGAGUUAGUUAAGCCGAUUUUAAUGAGGACAUUGAGGGCAGAUUUUUAUAUCGCAGUGCCUGACAUAACAACAAAAAUUACCCAUUUAAGGAAUUUUCUGAAACAAAAGUACCCUUCCAUCAAAAAUGGUACUAUUACUUACAAUAUCCCCGAGACGCUUAAUUUCUUCAAAGUCUGCCAUGAAUAUGCAGUGACCGACGACAACCUCAUUCAAACCCCGUUUGCAAUGCUGGACAUGCCUAAUGAUCAGAUUCUUGCCAAUCUGGACAGUAUUAUUAAGGACAUUUGCAAACACAAAACUUUGAAACAUGGUUCUUUUGUAACAAGUAUGAGCAUUCGAAGUUCAACCAGCGAAGCCUUAGAUGUGAAAGUCGAACAAUUCUUCUCCCCAAAGGCUCUGGGACAGAACUCGGAAGAAGCUGAAAAGCUCAGCGAAGAAGAAAAGCGAGAACCAGAUGAUUAGAAGCUGCAGAAAUGACAUUCCCUUGUUAUAAAAAUUGGUAAAGGGCAGUUCUUCGUAGCUUCAUCCAGGAGUUUCCUUCAACUUCUGGUCCCGAAUGGGAAGUUUGCAUCAAUUCCGGAGAUCACUGAAUUGUCUCCCAAAAUGAAAGCUCCUCAGCGCUGUUAGAUCAUCAGUCCCCAAAAUUUGGGGCCUAGAAAUAUCUUAGAAUUUCCGUAUUUUUGGAGUAUAAGACACACCACGAGUA